CCUUAAACUUUUCAGAUAAACCUUGUCUUUUUUAAACACUAACACUUAAAUGCCAUGAAAUUAUUUAUUAAUUAAUUAUAAUUUAGUUGGAUAAAUAGGCAUGUCACAGAAAAUACAAAAGUUUGGAAAAUAUUUAUGACUUAUUUUUAAGAAAAUGCUUAAAUAAUUUAAGCCCACAUGCAACCCAGUUUCAUAGGAAACCAAUUCGUCUAAAAAAAAAAUAAAUAAAUAAAAUACAAAAAAACAUCGCAGAAAUGAAAAAGUGGCAGAAAUCUUUGCAUCAAAAGUGUUUCGUAGUGCGGAGAUUAUAAUUAUUAAUGAUUUAAAGAUACUAUUUCUGUGCGUCUUAAGAAUAUUUUAAUAUCAUGUGCAAUAGCUAAUAAAAGAAGAAUUAGUGUAAUUUAAACUGCUGACCCGCUAUAUGGCAAUCCAGAUAUACAGAAACCUGCAAUUCAACCUUUGAGAAAGUAGCAUUCGCAGCUGAAAAUCAGUAUUGAAAAGCCAAAAAUCAGCUCGCUAGUAAUGUGAAAAAUUACGAAAUGUUCCUUAAAAUGUGUAAGGAUUAAAGAAAUUUUAAGAUAGACUUACUGUCUGAGAAUACAUAAUCAAAGGUGUAGCGCUGAAUCGCUGUGAUAUUAACUGGGUGAAGCUUGGAUUGUCAUGAGUUGUGCCAGUACAAAAAGACAACAAUCUACAACAACUACACCAAUUAAUAGUACGGAGCCAGCGCCCUUCACUUCAGCAUCAUCGUCCCCAAUUUUAGAAAACCCCUUAAUAGAUCAUAGAGGCAACGUUGCAAACCAGGACUCAUCUAUAAUUACAAGUGCUCUUGAAUAUACAGACUUAAGGAAAAGUAGGCCAACACCACCCCCAAGAUUAGGAAGGGUCCAAAAAAUUACUUCCGCUGCGGCGCCGGCUCAUCAAACGCUGAUGAUAAAAAAUAUUGAGAGCAUAUCAACUCAUGCGAACGCUGAGGAAAAAGAUGAAGAAAAGGAAGAAAAAAAUAUUUGUUGUGGUCCCAACAGGAAAUCUUCCAUCGCCGAUGAAAUUGGUGCAGCACAGGUCAAUAAACUAAAACCAAUUAAAGAGGGGGCCGAAGAAACUAAGCCAAUAAACACUGAUAAUACUAAAACUGAUAGCGACGCAGCCACUAUAGUUUCUAGUGAUGUUCAGGAACUUGGAGGCGGCGAUUUGAAAUUGGCGAAUAAUACGUUCUCAUCUACUACAGUUAAAAUAGAGACAGCUGUUGACGUCCCCAACUCUUCUACGUCUGACUCAAAUUUGGUCCCAACUGGGACUAACAAAUACAUACAGAGCACCGUUAAAUUCUCAGCAGUGUCGGAAACACUUGAAUGCGUACUCAGCGACACUGACAAAACCGAAAAGGAAAAUCAAGACUCAGCGAGUGGAACCACAUUGGAUGGAUUAUUGCCUAAGGCGUCUAAUAGCGGAGAAAGUUCACUAAGUCGAGAUAAUUCAAUUGUUUUAGGAAAAAGUAAAUUACCGAAAACACCAUCGUUUUCAAAAUUAUCCAAUAGCUUGCAGAGUUCGCUGGGAGCACUUAGCGGCAGCCGCCCUGAUGAGGACACCAUCAGCAAGUCAAGCGAUACUUCUGGUGAGCUAGUGCGUGGUAUAUUUGAAGAUUCGAGUGCUGUUGAUAAACCAAAAAGCGGCUCUCGGCUUUCGGAACGAGCCAAAAAGAAGUCUUGGUACAACGUCCUUUAUCCGAAUUACAAAUCACGCGCAGAAGAUUUCAAAAAGCUCUUCAAAGAGGUACCGUGCGAAGAGCGUCUUAUUGUUGAUUACUCGUGCGCACUGCAGCGCGACAUUCUAGUGCAGGGACGCUUGUAUGUCUCACAGAAUUAUGUUUGUUUUCAUGCUAAUAUAUUCCGAUGGGAAACUUAUUUAACCAUACGAUGGAAGGAUGUCACAUCAAUAACAAAGGAGAAAACUGCUCUUGUCAUACCAAAUGCCAUUUUGAUUUGUACUGCUAAGGAGAAGUACUUCUUUGCCACAUUCACAACACGUGACAAGGCGUUUUUGAUGCUCUUUCGAGUAUGGCAGAAUACGUUGAUGAACAAGCAAAUGCUGCCGCAAGAAAUAUGGCAAUGGGUGCAUAAUUGUUACGGCGAUGAACUAGGUUUGACCACAGACGACGAAGAAGAUUACAUUGAUCCAACCACAGUACAAACAGAGAACGAAGGUGAUAUCGAUUAUGCAUCAGCACUAGAAGACGCAACUUCUAUUGUUAGCUCAACCCUCACAAGUGACUACAACACAGCACAUUCAACUCAAAACGUGAACAAUAGCGGGGGUAAUAGCUCCAGCACAAGUAGUGGCGGCGGUGGCGUUGGCAGCAAAUCAAAAACCAAGUCAUACUUUUUCAAUUCGAAUAAAUCGAUUGCGAACUCUUCGACCACAACGUCGGCAAGCGGUUCGGAUAACAAAACAAGUGACAAUAACAUACGCGAACGCGAACGCGAACGCGAAAGCGUUUCGAAAACCAUAAUGAACGCGAAGGAAUUAACAUUGACUUCGGUGAAGCCGGAAGAUGAUACUGCCAAGUGUAAGACGGGCAGUUAUAAUGCGAAUGAAAGUAGCAGCGGCGCCAGUAAAGAGACGAAAAGUUCAACACUUAAACCACAACCGCAUGAAAAGCGCAAAGUUUCAAAAAGUACGCGCGUCCGUGAUGAGGCGGCAAGCAAUAAUCAAACCAAUUUGCCUACAGAUGUCUCUGGUUCCAGUGACUCUGAAGAGAAUAAAGCUCCUUUUGUUGCAACGGCGGAAUGCACAUCAGCACAUGAAGGCCGUCAAUUAGUACACACAAUACUUCCCAUUAAUGUAGAUACGCUGUUCAACUUGCUCUUCUCAAAAUCCAAAUUCCUAGUGGAUUUCCAUGCUAUGCGCAAAACCGAGAAUAUGUCUUUCGGCGAAUGGCUAACUGAUGAGGACGGCAAGAAAACGCGCGCCGUAAGCUUAACAGUGCAGUUAUUAGCUUCCGUGGGACCAAAAACAGCCAGGGUGACCGAGACGCAGGAAAUACGCGACUGCAGCAAACCCGGUGAACUGUAUUCCAUAGAUAUAACUAGUGUUAACGCUGGCAUUCCAUAUGCAGAUAGUUUUAGCGUUUUAAUGCAUUACUGCUUCGUAAGAACCGUGGAUGACCAUACAAUGUUGUCUGUUCAUGCGCAAAUUAAAUACAAAAAAUCCAUUUGGGGUGUCGUUAAGGGCUUUAUAGAGAAGAACACAUGGGCCGGUUUGGAGGAGUACUUUAACGCCAUGCAGCAAGCGUUGCAAAGUGAAACCUGCAUACCACCCGCCAAGGCAAAAGGACGGCGCCCACGCCGCGGUACUGCAGCCCAAGCGCGUCCCACGGAGGAUGUGCCCGAAACACAGACCAAAAGCGAAGCAGUUGAAGUGGCAACGGCCACCAGUCGACGCAACGUUCCGCGGCUACCCCUAGUCGCUGCACAGCAAUCCCCAGUCGAAACAGAACCACAAAACAAACAUAAGUGGCUGUCGGUGUUUGUGAUUGCCUUAUUGUUUUUCUUAAUCGCUCUAAAUGUAAUACUCCUACUCAAGCUGUGGGCACUGGAAGAGCGCAUUGACGACGAUAUAGGCAAUAGGGCGCGUUUACCGAAUUUGGCUGCUUUGAGAGAAUUACCGAAUUCGAAUGAAGAGUGGGUGGAGUUGUUGCGUCAGCAGGAGAUCUUGCAUGAGGCGGAGCUAAAAAAGUGGCACAAAGUGUUGCAAACUGCCAUCGAAUUGCUGAAAAAGACUGAACGUACAUUGGCCGCUCUCAUAUUUCGUUAAAGCCUUCUAACUAAAUUGUGCUGUGAUUGAUUGCACAGAGAGACAAAAAUUGCAUAAGUUAGCGCUAACAAGUAAAACAAAAGAGAAAGAGAAAGUGAUUAAAUUAAACCGAACUCAUUCAGAAUAAAUGCUUCCAAUUGCUUGGUUUCGUUUCGGUUAUUGGCAUAAAUUUGAUCGGACAGAAAUCGGAUUUUAUAGCAGAACACGAAAGAAGAGGCAUGCGACGCUCGGAGCAAUGUCACAAAAAGUUGUCUUCUCGCUGAGCGAAGCCAACUGCCACUAGAUUCCCGUUAGUUUUUUUAUAUAUUUGUAUAUAAAUUUCAAUUAUUUUGUUGCAUAUUUCCAACGGUUUGUUUUUCUUUUCGCUGGCAUAUCAUGUUUGCUAAGCUAAUUUUGUCUAUUUAGUUUUAUUUAAAAAUAGCUUAUACAUAAUUAUGAAGAUAAAGUGCGAUUUGUUGCUUAGACUUUAGUUUAGUUAAAAAUACCAAUUUACAAAUUGAAUAUAUUAUAAAGAUUUUGUAUGUACAUAUAUAUUAUAUAUAUAUAUAUAUAUAUAUCCAAAAUGUACCGUUGUAUUUGUAUUAUUGUAGUAUAAUGUAAGCCUAAGCUAUUAUUUGCCAAGCAUCGUGAGCAGAUUUAUUGUUGAAACAACAUUGUAGAAAUUUAAGCAGCGUCUAAUGGGUUACAAUGCGCAUGGUUUUAUUGUUGCUGCAAGAGCAAUUUUUUAUGAGUGAUUUGAGCUUCGUUUUUAAUUUUCGAAGCUUUUCAAUUCCCAAGCAAGCAAUAAUAAAGCCAGGCAAUCCGGCACACAACUGAAAAAUUCCAUUGUGCAAAGAAUAGACAAAGCAAUAGAAUGGAAAAUCAUAUAUGUACAUAUGUAUAUUCAUGCAUAUGUACGUGUGCUUGAACGAAAUAUUUUUGCACGCGACUAUUUGUUUGGAUCAUCAUAAGUGUUAGUACGCAUAUAUUUGUAAUAUUUUAGUAUAUAUAUUUUUGUAACGAAUAUUUUGAAGUUCCAUUAAAUAAUGAUUAAUACAUGCAAAUGAAAGAGACAAAAUCAUUUAGGAGGCUAGCCGGAAAUAUUUAGUUAGUAAAGAACCGUAAUUAUAAAUUUAAAAAUAAAUUACUGUUGCCCCGCAACUUUAGCAGAUAGUGGUGUGAGCGCAGCCUAGCUAAAACAGUUACAUAUGUAAGUAAAUAUAAGCGACUUGGCCAAUAGCAAUAAAUUUGCAAUACGCAACGGCAGCUUACGAACGCGUAAAUUUAAGUGUUUGAACAAAUUCAAAUUUAUACAAAUAUUGUCAAUGGAACUCAAUUGUGGAAAAUUCAAUAAAAAAAAUACACUGAAAAUCUUUAAUUAUGCAAAUAAA